AUGCCUGGAUUUGGAGACUUCUCGACAAUCUGCCGGAUGGCGCCUCUGCCACUCUGUGCGUCUGUUGGGCCCAUCACCUCGGUUUCAAAUGGUGUCGGUGUUGCGACCGACUGCUUUGCCCGCAACAUUGAGCUAGCAAACACCAUCAUCUUUCAGGGCGCUUCGAGCGUCAUCCACAUCAUCGCGCUUGCCAUGACCGUCAUUAUGAUCUUGCAUAUUCGCGGCAAGUUCACUGCUGUCGGCCGCAAGGAGAUUCUCGCCGUAUUCUACCUGUACAUGCUGCUGUCAUUCUUCUCUCUACUCGUCGAUGCCGGUGUUGUGCCACCUGGCCACGCCGCCUACCCCUUCUUCGUCUCGAUACAAAACGGAUUUACCUCAGCGCUCGUCACCUGCCUCCUGAUCAACGGCUUUGUAGGCUUCCAGUUGUACGAGGACGGCACACCUCUGUCCGUCUGGAUGCUCAGGCUGUGCUCUUUCGUCGCCUUCGUCAUCUCCUUCCUCGUCUCACUCGCCACCUUCAAGGACUUUGCCGGCAUGGGCCCCACCAACACUAUUGGUCUCUUCGUGGUUCUCUAUCUCCUGAACGCCGUGCAGCUUGUUGUCUAUGUCAUUCUGCAGACUCUGCUUGUCCUUCGCACGCUUCAGGACCGCUGGCCCAUUGCCACCGUCAUUUUCGGCGCGUUCUUCUUCAUCGUCGGCCAGGUCAUUCUCUAUGUCUUCAGCAACGGCAUCUGCGAAUCGGCCCAGCACUACCUCGAUGGAUUGGCCAUUGCGACGACCUGCAACCUCCUCGCCAUCAUGAUGGUGUAUAAGUACUGGGACUCUAUCACCAAGGAGGAUCUGGAGUUCUCUGUGGGCACGCGGAUGAACAACUGGGAGAUUAAGGAGCUCCUGCCCGAAGACGACCGUCGCAACACAAUGUACACAAACGACGACCCAUACGCCCACUCCAGUGGUUACGAUCAGUCCUUCUCUCCCACGGCCACGCAUCACCAGCACGGUAGCUCUCGUCUGUCUCGCUACUAG